ACGCUUAGGCCUUAACUGAAUUGUAAUAAAAAAAACUUUGAAGUUUGCAGAUUUUGAGGUUAUAAAUAUAAUACCGCUUUGGUUUCACUUUUCAGCAUUCUGAUACUGGAAAAUCUAUCGUACGGCUUGGAUAGUAUGUCUCAAAUACUUACAAAGUUUAUAAGUAAUGCACAAGCGGCUGAAAAAAGACUAGCCGAGUUGCGGAGUAUGUUUGAAGAUGUUAAAAAAAUAAAAGUAGAAGAAAAAAUAAGAAUUCUGACUGAAGAAAAUAAGGUUCUUCGUUCUAAAAUCGAAACAGCCAAAACUGAAUUAAUAAGACUAGAAGUGUCGCAUGGAAAAAAACAAUAUCAAAUACCCAAUAAGGUUAGUGUCGUCCCUUCAGUAAUAGCUGAAGUGCCGACACCGCCAAAGGUAGAAAACGAGCCUGUCGAAAAAAAAGAAAAAGAUGGUGCGAAGAAGGCCAAACCAAAGGCUAGCGAAUCAGCUGUUGAAUCAAUAGUGGACGUAAGAAAAUUGGAUUUACGAAUUGGAAAGAUUGUGGAUGUAAACAAACAUGCCGAUGCAGAUUCAUUGUAUGUUGAAAAAAUUGAUGUUGGUGAAACAAAUCCUAGGACUAUUGUGUCAGGACUUGUCAACCAUGUACCUAUUGAAGAAAUGCAAGGCAGAAUGGUUAUGGUCCUAUGUAACCUAAAACCAGUUAAGAUGAGAGGUGUAACAUCAGAGGGGAUGGUGAUGUGUGCAUCAACUCCUGAUAAAGUAGAAGUGUUAAUACCACCUGCAGGAGCUGUGCCAGGAGAUCUUGUCUCCUGUGAGGGAUACCCUCGCGAGCCAGAACCUAUCAUGAAUCCUAAAAAGAAGAUAUUCGAGACAUGUGCACCAGAUCUCAAGACAAAUGAGGAAAAAGUGGCAUGCUACAAAAAUAGUCCUUUAAUUGUGCCGGAUAAAGGACCUGUUGUUGCCUCCACUUUAAAAGGUGCCCCUGUUAAAUAAACACUUUAGAUGCAUCAACUUAUAAAAUUAUUUAUUAUUGUAUAAAUAUUGAUCUAAAACUUUCUGAUACCUACAUAAAUAUGUAUUUAAAUAGAAAUGUGAAAUAAAACUUCUUUUAAGCAAUC